AUGGAAAGCUUCUCGCUGCAGGCCAAGCACAUCUUCUACAUUGUCCUCUACUCGACCAUUUCAGUGGCAGCCGUGGGCGGCAACAGCAUCGUCAUCUACCUGAUCGCCAAGUACCGGCGAAUGCGUUCGGUGACCAAUCUCUUCCUGCUAAACUGUGCCCUUGGCGACUUGCUCAUGGCAUUGCUCUGCAUUCCAUUUACCUCCAUCUCCAACCUGCUCCUCGACUCGUGGAUCUUCGGCCUCUUCAUGUGCCACCUGAUCACCUACGCUCAAGCGGUGUCGGUCUUUGUGUCUGCGUACACCCUGGUGGCCAUCAGCUUUGACCGGUACAUCGCCAUCAUCUACCCGCUGCGACCUCGGAUGACCCGUCGGCACGGCCUGCAGCUGAUCGGCGUGAUCUG